AUGCCCAGCUCAAUCCUCGACCUUCCACCUGAAAUCCUAGCAGAAGUAGCCUUUCAUGUCUCAAAUAUUCCGAAUACCUAUCCAUCAACCCUGAAAUCCUGUAUCUUGGCGUGCAAAACCUUCGCAGACCACUUCCGACCUCGACUCUUCCAAUGCACGAUCAUCGACUUGGGUGAUAAUGCGCACGUCCAGCGCUGCCUCGCCAUUCUUAACGGGAACCCGCAAUACGGGAAUCUAGUCAAAAUUCUGGUCGCCAUCGGAGACUCUCACACUCCCAUACACUGUCCAGCUCUCCCCGACUUGCUCCUCCAUCUCAAAAAGGUCAACAAACUGAUGAUCAUAGAACUGUCGUUCCCCUCUCUCCCCACGUCCAUUUCGCAAUCUAUGCUCUCGUUUUACAAUACGAAUCCCCUCUUGCGACUCGAGGCGUACAGGUGUGAUAGACUACCUCUGGAUUUCAUCUUCAACCCGAAGCUGGAAUAUAUCGGGAUAUUUCACACCUCUUGUGGUUCGGAGAGCACGAUGAUGCCCGCCGAUGCAUGUUCUGAUUCCAAUUCCAGUGGAGAAGUCCGCCUUCGAGAACUUGACAUCAGGCGAUCAUCUGAGAAAAUCUUCACCUACACCCAACGCCUCCUUACGUUCGCCGCUAGUUCACUGGAAACGCUGCGCCUAACGCCCUGUGAACCCGGGCCGUUCUGUCUUAAUCUGGCGGGACUAGUGCGCCUCCGCCACAUCCGCCUAUCAGCAACAUCCUCAUUACCCCACGAAGCCCGCCACCUCGUCACCAGCCUCACUCAAUCCCUAUCCCAGAGUCCCUCCUCAGAUCCACCAUCACCACUAGAAACAAUCUCACUCUCAUUCUCACUCGACACCCAAAACGCCUUCAUGCAUCUCACCGAUGCAACAGCCGACUGGGACAAACUCGAGGGUAUACUCGCAGAUCGGGCGCGUUUGCCUAGGCUCCGGGGUGUGAAUUUGGAAUUUAAGAUUGUGCACCGGUAUACGGCUGAUCCGUUGCCAGACUUGGAACUUUGUAACCAGCGAGCGAAGGAGAGGUUGGUUUCGUCACUUGAGGACCUGGGUAUUGAAAUCCGGGUCUGCGUCACCGUUGAGAGCGAUCUGUAG